CUGAAUUUAAUUUUUAUCUUAUAUUUCAGGACAAUGUAAAGAAUGUAAAAACUUCAAUUCUAUGUUUGCCAUUUUAAGUGGUCUGGGUCAUGGGGCAGUUUCCAGGCUGCGAGUUACAUGGGAGAAACUUCCAACCAAGUACCAAAAAAUAUUUGAGGAUCUACAAGACUUGAUGGAUCCCUCUCGAAACAUGUGUAAAUAUCGUAAUUUAAUCAACAGUGAGCACAUACAACCACCCAUUAUUCCAUUUUAUCCAGUUGUCAAAAAAGACUUAACAUUUAUUCAUUUAGGCAAUGACACAUUUGUAGAUAAUUUGGUAAAUUUUGAGAAAUUGCGAAUGAUAGCUAAAGAAAUAAGACAAUUAAUGAAUAUGUGUUCAGCUCCUUAUGAUUUGUUUAACAUGCUAGAAAUAGGAGGAGCACAGCCAUCUGCUGCCAUGGCUUCCCUGAACAGUUUUGCGGCCAUCACCAAUGCAGCCACAAUCAAGAGACGGAAAAAGAGUACAGCUCAACCCAAUCCAAAGAAGAUGUUUGAAGAGGCUCAAAUGGUGAGGAGAGUUAAAGCCUAUCUGGGAAAUUUAAAGGUGAUAUCUGAUGAAGAACAGUUACAUAAUAUGUCAAUAGAAUGUGAACCAACAACUGGCACUGUAGGAAGUAUGACUUCAGUCCAACCCAGGAAGCGACACCCUUCACCAACACUGUCCACUGCCAGCAGUACUAGCAGCACUUCUGAAGGAAAGAAGUCGAUAACUUCGGGGCCUAGAUUUGGAGCCGACUCUCCCAAAGCAGUAAGAAAACUCUUGGCCCUAUCGGACCAGAGUAAAGUACGUCCCCACCAACCUCCCCGUCACCACCACUCGCUCUCUCCCACGCCGUCUCCCAAUGCCCCGCGUCGGAGGAAUGAGACCAGACACGGAAGGUCGCACAGCGACUCUGCCAAUACCACGGUGCUACCCGUAGACCUGUCUGCAGAAAGUUCUAGUGUCACUGCCCUCAGUAAUCUUCCUUUAAGGAAGUCUCAAACCUCAGGUUCUGUCACUUCCAGUGACAGUAGCAGUGGUAGUAGCUACAGUCAUCAUCACCUAUACGAAACGGAUUCUGGUCAUACUUCCACCGGUUUCGACAGUCACAGCAGUAGUUCAUUAGGGUCCACUAAUUCUCCUCCCCAACAAAGAAGAGCAUUAUUAUCACAUUCUCCACCCACGUUAAGAAUGAGACCAAAUGGACCUCUCUUUCCUCAUGGCAUGCCAGUCUUACCACCACUUCCAGGACCGGCCAUGAUGCCGUCUCAUAUGAUGGCACCGCCUCCACCGCCGCGAGAUUCCAUCCCAGGCCACAUGUUUCCUCCCGCGCGUGCCCGGAGACCUCCGGAGUACAACAUUGCUGCACAGAUGGCGGCACGAUCCAGACAGAUGGCCCACUUGGGUCGGGCACACAGCCACGAGGGCUCUACCACAGGUUACUACAGCAGCGACGUAACCGAUCCCGAAGACGACGAUGAUGCAGAGGCUCAAGUUUCAGCCGUUUGAGAUUGUCAGCAUCUGGCAGUCGUGGUGCUACAUAUUGGCCAACUGUCCUAGUCAUUACGUGCAUGCACUGUGCCACCUCAAGAAAAGAAAAUGAUGUACCCAGAGAACAAAUCAGAUUUUUUUUUCAUUUUGAUUUCACACAAAAGAAACCAAAGAGAUAACUGGACGGAAUCAGGCCGUCGUCGUUUCUGUACAGGUUUUUUCGCUAUUAUAGUACAAGAGCGUUUACAUUGACGUACACCGUACACUCCCAUCUUCGUUUCAAUAUUUUCCAUAGUGCUUUUUAUAUGGUAUAUUGCACACGAUAUGUAAAUAUGUUUCGUCAAUUAGCCCAUGUAUCUUGGUUUGUAAAGAGAACACAUUACACCAUUAUUUACCAAACCAGUAAAUAUCAUCUGUACAAAUGUUUUUGUGUAAGGUCAAGCUGCUUUCAGAAAAAGUAUUUUUAUCGUUUUGUAACAAUAAAAUGCAAGUCGGGAUGAAUUUUUAUUGCAGUAAAGACGAGUAUUUUAAGAGAGGCAAAAGUCAUCUUUCCAGAUGGAUAUUGUGAUACUGCUCGAUUCCAGUAUUAGUGUACAUGUUGAGAAAUCUGCAAAAACUUUUUUAGCUUGUAAAAAAUAAAAAGAGAGAUGUCAUUUUUAACGAUAAUAUACACCAAAAUGUUCCUAUAGAAGAUUUUUUUUUCUGUUUUGUAACUUGCACUCACAAGUCAGUAUAUCUUCCAAAAAAAAAAAACAGCAUUUCCGUCAUUAGAUGAAGUAAAGCAAAAAAAUAAUGGAAAUUUUUGUACUGCAGCCAAAAUGGAAUUUUUGACAUUUCUGUAUAGUAUGCGCUAUUUGCAUGUAUUUAAAUGGUCAUUUAGUAGAUGUACAUAUUUUAAUGUCGCACCACAAAUUUUGUGGUGGUAAAUAAAUGUUUUCAAAAAAUA